UUCCACCACCCCCCUCCUCCUCCUCCUCCUCCUCCCAGCUCCUUCCCUCCCGCUCUGCCGUUAUUCUAUAACUUCUAAAAAUGCCGUUGAGUGAAUUUCGUCACGAAGGCAGAAACCGCCGCUUGUGAGCUACGGUUGGAAAUGCACCCACAACAAAAUCUGGAAGAUCAAAGAGAAGCAAGGGGCGGAAGAGCGCCAUUGCAGCUCGGCGCCUGGGAAGGUAUUUAACGCUGGGGAGCCGGGAAUCCAAAGCUCCGAGAGCAAGGCAAAGAAUCCCCAAAGCGCUGUACCAUGGCUUUGUCCUGCAGAAGCUGGCUGUCCAACGAGGGCGGAAAACAUCUGUUUUUGCUUUUCUGGUUGUCGGUGAACGUGUUGCUGUUUUGGAAGACCUUUAGACUUUAUUACUACGGUACACAGUAUUAUUAUUUGCAUCGGAUGCUUGGGCUAGGAUUAUGCAUUAGUAGAGCUUCUGCUUCAGUCCUGAAUAUGAACUGCAGUCUUGUCCUGUUACCCAUGUGUCGCACUUUAUUGGCAUUUCUCCGAGGAUCAAAGAAGGUGAUGAGCAGGAAAGCGCGAAGAUUAUUGGAUAAGAGUAAAACGUUUCACGUAACGUGUGGUUUUACGAUAUGUUUAUUUUCAGUAGUCCAUGUUGCAGCUCACAUGGUCAACGCCCUGAACUUUUCUUUGUGCUACAGUGAAGACUUUCCAGCUCUCAAUGUUGCUCACUAUCGGGAUGAGGAUCCCAGGAGGUUUCUCUUCACGACACUUCCAGGAGUAACUGGAUUUUUCAUGGUACUGGUGCUGUUCUUAAUGUGUACAUCUUCAUCAUAUUCAUUAAGGUUUUCCAAUUUUGAUGUCUUUUGGUAUACACAUAACCUCUUCAUAGUAUUCUACAUUUUACUUCUGCUUCAUGUGACUGGAGGCAUGUUGAAAUAUCAGGCGAAUUUGGAUCAACACCUGCCUGGCUGCAUUAACCCGAAUAAAACAUCAAUCGAUCAUUUCCCCAUGUCAAAAUGUCCUGCAGAGCCAUUUCUAGAAGUCUAUACUGAGUCAGAAUCUGGGAUGGAGAACAACUCCAAGAAGAUCUGCAAUGAAGCCCCAAAAUUUCAGUCUAAUUUACAAGAGACAUGGUUUUGGGUCACUGGGCCUCUCUGUCUUUAUUGUGCAGAAAGGCUGUAUAGAUAUAUUCGGAGCAACAAACCAGUCACCAUUGUGUCUGUGAAUUCUCAUCCCUGUGAUGUAAUAGAAUUACGAAUGGUGAAAGAAAACUUCAGAGCAAGACCUGGUCAGUACAUUGUUCUGCACUGUCCAAGUGUAUCAACAUUUGAGAGUCAUCCCUUUACCCUCACAACAAGCCCUACAGAAAAUAGAGGAACGUUUGGUAUUCAUAUCCGUGUUCUAGGAGAUUGGACAGAAAGGUUUAGGGAACUGCUGCUACUUGAUCCAAAUUUGGAUACAGAGAUCCUGCCUAUACUGCAGCAGAGAACUUACCCAAAGUUGUAUAUAGAUGGUCCAUUUGGGAGUGCAUCAGAGGAAGUCUUCAACUAUGAGGUUAGCCUUUGUGUGGCCGGUGGUAUUGGAGUGACCCCUUUUGCUUCAGUACUAAACACACUAUUAAAUGAUUGGAAACAGUAUAAGCUCAGACGACUUUACUUCAUUUGGAUUUGCAAGGAAAUUCAAUCUUUUUUCUGGUUUGCAGAUCUGCUUUGCAUUUUCCAUGACAAGCUUUGGCAGGAGAACCGACCAGAUUACUUGAACAUUCAGUUGUAUCUCAGUCAAGCAAAUGGAAUACAGCAUUUAAGUGGGGAAAAAUAUCAAGCUCUGAAUUCAAGGCUUAUUAUUGGAAAACCCCGUUUGAAACUUCUAUUUGGAGAAAUAGCCAAGUGCAAUAGACAAAAAUGUGUUGGCGUUUUUUGCUGUGGGCCUAACAAGCUCUCCAAGGAACUGCACAAACUCAGCAACAAAAUCUGUUCACAUGGAACACAAUUUGAGUACAAUAAAGAAUCUUUCUCCUGAAGAUCAAUAAGGAACAAAAAAAAAUCUGACAUGAAAGCUUGAAGUGCAAUUAUUUGCUGAUAUGAUAAUCAGCAGGAUGCGCCUUAUACAAUCUCUAAUCACCAAAGAGUGAACAUAUUGAAUCAAUGCUAAUUCAAUAGUCGGUGUGGCAGAGGUACCAGUUUAUGUAUUGGGUUUGUCAAAGUCAGUUCAUCAACUGGUAUUUUUCUAAUAUCAGUGGUUGUAUACCAGGUAUUUUAUUUCUAUUAGAACAAUUUUAUGUAAGGUUUGAAGUGUUGUUGCCAUUUUCAUAAAUCUAUUUCUUAUAAAAGAACUUGCAUGUAUCUGCAGAACUCAAUUUUGACAUAUGGUGAUGGGAAAAUUGGCUGUUCUACUCUGAAAUAUCGAAACAGUCCAGGCUUCUGUGUACCAAUUACUUCCCCAUACUACCUUAAUUAGUGUAGUUUUCUGUAACUGGCUGAGAAGCAAAGUGCCUUUUCAUCAUUUAUAUUUCCAAGAACUGGAUAUUAAAACAUAUUUAUUAUAUUAAUAGGGUGGCUGGGAAGAAAAGAGUUUUUCAGAAAAAAAAUAAGACAUAACCAUGAUAAUACACUUGUAAAUGUGAUGCUGAUGAACUGUCACUGGAUUAUAAACAUUAAUGCUGCUUUCUCCCCACAGAUAUUGCCUUGGUUUUAUUUCACAUCUCCAGCAUCUGACAUUGUAACAAAUCAAAUUUGCAUUAUACUAAAACAAUCAGACCAGGUAGCUUCCAAUAUUACUGACCCCUAUCAAUACCAAUGAUGCCUUUUGCAGAAUAAUCAGAAGUCUGUUGAUUAGAGUUCUUUCCAGGAGAAUAGAUGUUAAGUAGAUUAUUUUGUAAAACGAAUGUAAUUUAAAAGACUGAGCCAGUGGUAAAUUUUGAAUAAUUUUUGCCCUAUUAAUUUACUGCAUCAGACCCAAACAAGUUCAACAACAGAAAUUUUUGGAUGCAUUCUGAAUAUGCAGAAGCAUUGAUCAUAUUGUAGUGCACUGCUUUAAUGCACUAAUACCCUGUGCCAGACAGUAUUAAAUUUAUAGGUUGUUUCAGAAGCUUUAUAUCCAAGCUGUCUGUCAUUCAUAAAGAAGCAAAAAUCUUGUAAUGUAAAGAGAAAGGUAGGCUGACCUACUCCUUUACAAAUCCUGUUAGCUGGUUGACUGACAGUUUUGGCAGAGACCUUGAAAUGCGUUUUCUAAAUAGUCUUUUGGUAAAGGUCUGACAUUCGGAUACCUAAGGGAAAAAAAAUGAAGCAGCAAAUUCAAAUACAAAUUCAUAGGGGACCGUCCUUAACAUUUGUGCUCAGCUAAAGUGUCUAUGUGGCUUAUAACAUGCACAAUGAUUUGAUUGGUGGGACAAACACUUCACAACCUGUAUUUUAUCUACUGACUAACUUAGUUCCUUCCAAUAACAUUUAUUCUGGGCACAGUUCUGGAAAGUUGUUUUGUACAACUACAGAGAUUACCACUCCUUCACCUUCUGAGAAUCCGAUAAAAUAGAAUAAAUGCAAUUCCUCUCUUAUGGAAACCAUGUUGUGUGACAAUUUUUACAUAUCAACAAGACACCAGUCAGUUCAUAGGCUGAAGCUCAGUGGGGAGUUUUGUUGUAGAUUGUUUACAGUCUCUCACAACUGUCCAGCACAAAACAAAGAGCUCAACACCAAAAAGUUAACAUUUGACUUUCUAACCAGAUGUUGCUACAUUAGACAUCAAUCAAAUAAAAUGCUUUGUAGCUAGAAUUACUUAAUCAUCCUAACAAUAAUUACUGUUGUCCAUUUUUAUAUUGCUGGUCAUUUUUGAAUUAUUCAGAAGACAAUGGGAAAGAGUUUGUGGGAGCCAAAUUAUAGUAAUGUCCACGUUUGAUUUUAAAUUAGGAAGUUUAGUUAGUCUUUACAAUAAUCCAAUGCUACAUCCUCAAUUAACACUGGUUUGGACAAGUGACAAAAAUAUAUUGGUGUUUCCUAUGAACCUUACUCUGUGCGCAAUUCUUUGUAUAUCACAACAUAAAGUCACAAUGGUGGAGUGAAGACCAGAUAUUUUCUGGACUUUCCUAUCAAGAUUUGUAUCCGACUUAGUAAUAUUGAUAGUAAAUGUAUUUUUCCACAUUAGACCUUGUAUUCAUUCCACUUCAACACCAAUUUUGUGUAAUGUUUAUGUUUUUGUUCACCUGGUAUUAUAUCAGAUCUGCAUGUUACACUGUGAGUAAAUGUGUAGACAUUAAGUAUUGUAAUGAACCACAGUCCUUUAAUCUUUGAAAGAUAAUUGGGCAGAACUAACAUUUGUUAGCAACCAUCAUUGAAAGAUAUGCUAGGUGUUGUUGUACAUGCAUUGUUUUGUACUCUAUACUUGAGUAAUAGUUAUUAAAGUGUUAUUACAUGAAGUGUAUAAUAAUCAUAGUACAUAUUAAAAUCGUUAUAAUCUCAGGGCAGGAGGCAACAUGGCCAAUAUGUAGCUGUGGAUGUUAUUCUUCAGUGGAAGUCAUAAAAAUUAAACAUGGACUUAAGAUUUUUUUUCUCAGGAAUAUUAGAAUGAUAGAAUAAAGUGCAGAUCUGCCCAAAAGGGAAAUAUUAAGAAGUAAAUUGAGAGCAACUGAAUGACAAUAAACAAAUACAUGGCAAAGUCCCUGAAAGACAUAGUUGACAAUAGACACUUUGGCGUCCAUCUUGUGGGACCUUCCAUGUUUCCUUAAUCUCUAAUUCUUCCAAACUUCAAAAGCUUCAGGCUUAAUGUAUCCAGUCUUUCCUCAUAGCACCUUCAUUCCAGGAAGUAGUCAAGUGAACCUUCUCUGAGCAGUCAAUUAUGAUCUUUAAAUGAGGAAACCUAAACUUUGCACAGUGCUCUAGAUGUGGUCUUACCAAUGCCUUGUAGAACUCUGUCAAAACAUAUAUUCACUUCCCCUUGCAAUAAAUGCCAAUAUUCCAUUUGCCUUCCUAAUCCCAUGCUGCAUCUACUUGCUAACCUAUUACAAUUUAUGCAACAGGAAAUUCAGAGCAUUCUCCCUAUCUUCAGGUACAAUCUCUGUCUAUUUAAAUAAUACAUUGCUUUUCUAUUCUUCUUGGUAAAGUGGGCAAGUUCACAUCUUCCCACAUUAUACUCCAUCUGCCAGAUUUUUGCCUAUUUAUUUAAUCUACCAAUAUCCCUUUUAUAGACUCCUUUUGACUGAUAUAAACUUCGAUUCUGAAUCACGUUGUAAAUGUCUUUUGGUUAGCACUCAUACUCAAGAACUAUUUUGAAAGACAUUAUUAACUUCUUUAUGUUCCAAAACCAAAAACAGCUUGAAUAUAUUUAGGGAUAGGAAUAAAAUCAUGUUGAAACUUCUCUGGCACAACUUUCAUACAUUGUGGAUUAUAGCUUUCUUAUUUACAAUAUUAUUUUAUCUAUUGACUGAAGAUAACUCAA